AUGCCUCGCAACAGAAAGAAUCCGGGCAACAACCCUAAGGAAAGGGCUGUGGCGCGCAGGCCAGGUCCCGCUCCUCCUGAGCCUCCUCAGCCAGAUGACCCGCCCAACCUAGAUCAGCCCCGACGACCCAACUACAACCCUAGGCAAAGGGUUCUAGCGUCCAAGCCAGGUCCCGCUCCCCCCAAGCCUCCUCAAAUUGAUGAGUCGGAUGACUCGCCUAGCCUGGAUCCGUUCCACCCCCUUGCACUUCUGGGGAGUAACGUCGAGGACCAAAAUGUUGAUGAGCUUGCCCAGGCCAUGCUCGCCAAGCUUCGGGGGAAGUAUAAAAUGACCUUGCCAAUGAUUCGGUCUCUUUAUCUCUGGCAGAUUCACCAUAACACCAAACUAAGCCCCGCCUCGGCCGAAUUGGAUCGGAAGCUGUUCGCCACCAUUGUUGACAUUGUGGAACGGCUUCUUAUUGAGAAGUUGACUGGCAAAAAGAAGCUUACGAACGGAAAUUUCGAAAACCGACUCCAACGACCCGAUCUGGACGACGGUCGAGGCGGUAAGAAGACGGCGGCGAGCGUUGUCCUCACCGCCUGUCGCAAGAUACAGCAGAGACUUAGCUCGAGGAGGGGCAACAGGGGCCGACCGCGAACCUUGGGACCUCAAGGGCCUACGGCGGUGGAGAGAGCCGCGGACACGGUCAUGCGCUGGACGGGGGGAACCGUUGAUACGAACAGGGUAGUAGAAGAGGCUUGGAAAGCGAGGUGGUUAAAGGAACGGGACGGCAGGGCAAUCACCAGGCCGGCGGACGACUUUGACCAUCAGCAGGAGACGCUAUUCCGGAACGAAACCCUAAGGAGGCACGACGGUCUCAGCAAGGCAAAGAGCUCACUGCUGAUUCAAAUCCAGACGGGAGCAAUAGGCUUACGGGGCUUCUUGUUUACACGGGGAGUCCCGGAGGUUCUGACUCCUGCCUGCGAGUGUGGCGAGGGACGAGAGACUGCCGAACACCUGGUAGUGUGGUGUUUGGCCCCACCGUUGACUAGAAGAUGGGGGAGAACUGGAAUUCGGACACGACGGGACUUUUACUCUGCUCUACACGGCAUCAAUCCCAGGACUGCACGGCUCGCGAGGAGAGUUCUCGACUGGCUGAUGGACUCGGGUAAGCUGCCGAUGUACAAUUUAGCCAGGAGGCUCGAGCUGGAAGCGGCGGCCUGA